CUGUCAUUUAAGGGAGACCUUUACAAGACUUGACUGAGCUGAGAGCGAGAGAGAGAGAGAGAGAGAGAGAGAGAGAGUUGUCCAUGGUCGCCGUUUGAAUGACACUCAGCAGGGCGGAAUCAGUUCCUCUUGGCUUCUGAAUUCACUGUCAGCUCUCUACGUCUCUUCAUUUUGCCACAUUUCAGGGCGUGAAUCGAUUUAGCGCCAAAGAGCGCAAGUCGCAGCUUGUGUGAAGUUCAUUACCAUCAUCAGCAGCAGCAGCAGCAGCAGAAGAAGAAGAAGAAGAGGAAGAAGAAGAGGAAGAGGUCCUUUUAAGGGACUUGAAUCAUUGUUGCGCAGGAGGAGCUGGGGUCUUUCUUUCUUUUCUCCUGCGUGUUGUUGAGUUUCAUUACCAGAGGAAGAAGUUAUGACUUCGGUGUGGAAAAGACUGCAGCGCGUCGGCAAAAAAGCUUCAAAGUUUCAAUUUGUUGCUUCCUACCAGGAACUCGUGUUGGAGUGCACGAAGAAAUGGCAACCGGACAAGCUGAGGGUGGUGUGGACCAGGAGGAACAGACGCAUGUGCUCCAAGCUCCACAGUUGGCAGCCUGGGAUCAAAAACCCUUACAGGGGCAUGGUGGUGUGGCCGGUCCCAGAGAACAUCGACAUCUCUGUUACACUCUUCAAGGAGAUCAAUACCGAUGAGUUUGAAGACAAAGAUUGGACAUUUGUAAUUGAGGGUGAGAACAAGGGACAUCGUAAGGUACUGGCGUCGGCAGACAUCAACCUGAAGCGGUUCGCCAGCCAGACGCCGACCCAGACCGACCUGACGCUGAAGCUGAAGCCGCUCUCCGUCAAAGUGGUGGAGGCCACGCUCAAGCUGUCGCUGGCGUGCGUCUUCGUCCGUGAGGGGAAAGCCACUGAUGAAGACAUGCAGAGUCUGGCCAGCCUGAUGAGCGUCAAGCCCACAGAUAUCGGCAACAUGGACGACUUCAAUGAGAGCGAUGAAGACGAGGAGAAGAAGUCGCUCAAUGCUUCUGCUGUUUCACACACUCUUACUCGCCCAAAUCGCCCGGCUCCCCCUCCACCCGACAAGCGAGACCCUGCUGGACCCACUAUUCCAGCCUCAGCCUGUGGGCGUGAUGGUCCUCCCAGUCCUGCAGUGCUCUCCCGCCCUCCUCUGCCUACCGCUCCUCGCCCAUCGCCCCGCCGCAGCCGUCACUCCUUCCCCACCUCCCCUGUUCAGUCAGAGAUCCAACCUCCCCCCGGCCCCUCCCCUCAGCCCUCACCCCGAUCCAAGCAUAAGAAAUCAUCUAACCCUUUUCUCCUCGAGGCUCUACCUUCUUCUGACCCUGUACCUGUUCCUCCGAGCUCACAGCUCACAGAGGCUACUCCUCCAAUCCAAAUGGUCCACUCUGUCUUACCUCCCGUUGAAGUGUCGGCUGCUAUUCAUCUGUCCCCCAAGUUCCCCAAAGCACCCACGGCCGCGACUCCAACCCCAAAAAUGUCCUCUACCGUCCAUCCUCCAUCUCCUAAACCCUCUGAGUCUGUGUCAGUGCCGCCUGCUCCCAUAGAUUCUGUUUUAAAUCCCCCCCCCACCCUGCCUUUUAAGCCGCCCACUACCUCCGGACCUGGCAUUCCCUCAUUCCCUCCCAAACUUCCCUCCCCUCCCUUGACAUCACCCAAUACCAUCGUAACGUCGUCCUCCACGGCUCCCCAAAUGUCUUCUUUCACUGUAUCCACUACUAUAAGCCAUCAGAGCAUCUCUACUGCCUCACAGCCACUGCCCCCUAAAUCCUCCUCUCCAUCUAAGCCCACCCUGUCCUCUGAGUCUCCACCUGCUCGCCCUCCACUCACCCGGACCCUCUCUCAGCCUCCGUCUCUGCCCAGAAUCUUCCAGUCAUCCUCGGGAAAAGUUCCUAUUUCAAAUCAACAGCGCCCCCUGGAGGACCAAACUCCUGAUGAUCCAACUUCAGUCUCUGGCCACGCCCACAUUUUCCGACCUCAGGUUGUCAAAUCAAUUGCAAGACCCUCAUCUCCGUCUCCUUUUUACACUGUUGCACCUCCCCUUGCACUCCCCAAAACUCACCCCAGUACCUUAGGUGCCCAGGGGACGUGGUUGACAUCUGGUAGUGACAUCACCCCUGUCCCCCUGCUGAGUAGCCCGGACCUUGAUGCCCUGUGUGACCCCGCGGCUCCGGCCCUUACCGCCUCCCUUCCAUUCUCUUCCCCCCCUCGCUCUUCCUCUCUUUCCACCUCCGUUUUAUUCUCCUCUCCUCAGCCUACAAUCAGCCCCUCUCAGUCAGGUCCAACGUUCCCCUCCACUCAGGUAGAUGAGGAAACAGCUCAGAGCCCUCAGAGCCGGGACAAGGGUUCUCCUCAAAGUAAACAGUCAGUGGACAACAUCGGAGUCUCCGACCGGUCAAUAAGACCCGCCCAGGGUUCACAGUUGGCCGUGAAAAAUAAAUCAGCAAGUAUCAGUCCUGCCCAGUCACGUUCAGAGCUGAUAAUAGCUCCGCCCCCUCCAUGGCCCUUCUCCUGCUGUGAGAGCUCCACCCCUCAGCAGCCCUCCACCAAUGUUGUGGCAGCAUUUAUCACUUCCAAACAGCCAAAUGCUCAGGGGGAAACUGAUCUGAAAACACCAACUAAUGAGAUCGAUGUUAUUAGCGCCUUUAAGGCCGAAAUGCCGCCACUGGCAAAGCCUGAGCCAGACCCUGACUUUGAUGACAUCACCUUUGAGUCAUUUGUGUCACAGCGACAAGAAUCAGGGGGGUUGUUUCUGGAGGAGGAUGACUCUAAGAGAGAUACUAUCAAAAGGUAUCCUCCGGGUCUGCAGAAAAACUAUGAAAAAGUGGGUGGAGCAAAGCCAUCACUGACACAGCAGUCAGAGGGAGCGGCGACGAAGAAGGAGGUGAUGAUCAAUGCAGAGCAGGAGAAGCAGAGGGAGAAAAAACAAGAGGAGGAACGAAGGAGGAAAGAGGACGAGCAAAGAGUAAUACUGCAGAAGCAGGAAGAGAGCCACAAAUAUGCAGAAGAGCUCCUACGAGAGGAGGAGGACGUCCGCAAAGAAAAGGACAGGAGGAAAUGUGAGGAGGAGAGACUCCUGAAGGAGAGAAGAGACAGACAGGAGAAGCUGAGAGAAGAUGAUGAGAAGAGGAAGCAGAAUGAAGAGGAGAGAAGGAAAAGAGAGCAGCAGAGGAGACUGCUGGAGGUGGAGGAGGAAAAGGACAAAUUUAGGAGGGAGGAAGAGAGGAGACUUGAGGGAGAACGAUUCUUGAGGAAAAUGAAAGAGGAGGAGGAAAAAAUGAUGGAGGUGAGAGUGUUUGAGGAGCAAAGUAGGAGGAAGGAGGAAGAGAACAAGAGGAUCCUGGUAGAAGAAGAGCAGAUAAAGAUGAAGGAAAAAUGCUUAAAGAAAGAAAAAGAGAUGGAACAACAAAAAAUGAAAGAGGAGGAAGAGAGAAGAGAGAAGGAGGAGGCGGACAGAAAGAAAAAUGAUGAAGAGCAGAGGAUGAAGAGGAAGGAGGGACAGAGAAGGAAUGAGGAGGAGAGAAAGAAAAGGGAAGAAGAAGCUGAGAGGAGGAGGGAGGAGGAGAAGAAGAGGGUCAAAGAAGCAGAGGAGAGGCGGAAGAGGGAGGAAAAGGAGAUGGAGGAAGAAAGAGAAGAAAAGGAGAAGGAGAGAUUCUUAAAGAAGGAAAAGGAAAGGAUUGAGAGGAGGAAAAAAGCAGAGGAGAAAAGGUGUGAAGAGGAGGAGGAGGAGAGGAGGAAAGAGACACUGUUGAAGAAGCAGAAAGAAACAGAGAGACAACUGCAACAGGAGCAAAUAAGAGCAAAUGAGAGGAAAAAAAAGGAGGAGGAAGAAAAGAAAAAGAGGGACGAAGCGGAGAAGAGACACUUAGAGGAGAAAGAGAAAGCAGAACAAAAACUGAAGGAGGAUGAGGAGAAGAGGCUUCUGCAAGAGGAUGAAGAAAUGAAGAGACGAAAGAAAGGGGCUCAGAAGAAGUGGAGCGAGGGUCACGCUGCUCCGAUCUGCAGUCCGGAGGGCAACAAGUCCGACGAGGACAAACAACAGAUGAAAACUCUAGUUUCUCCUUCUUUGCCAGAUCCUCAGCUAAACACACACAACGUCGCCCCUCCUCUCAGUUUCACGGGCUCGGCUCUUAAAGAUGUCACGCGAACCCCGCUUCCCGCUCCCCGCCUCCUUCCUGCAGGCAGAACCUGCGUCCCAUCCGAGCAGCUGCCCCCACAAAAUCUCAGCCAAUCACAAAACAGAGAGAAGACCCUUCAGUCAGUCGAUAAGCCGAGCUCCGCCACCAAUGAGCGUCUUGGACAACCUUCGCUCUUAAAGGAAGGUUCAUGGGCAAACAUUGUUAUCCCAGAAAAGACAAUACCGGCCAAUGUUCAGGAUAAACCAUUCGCGUUAGAGGUCUUGACCCUGGUGCCACCUCCGCGGAGGCUGUCUAAUGCAGAGGUUCCUCUGUGGAAAGUGCCAAGAGGGAGAAGUGAGAAUGAUACGUUUGAAAACAUCUCUGCAAAGGAGGGUACAAAACCUUUGUGCAGAGGCUCUCAAAGAGAAGAUGCUGCUGAGGUGGGUGCCGUUGUCAGGCAGGAGCACCAACCAGUACCAGUAAAAGACACAGAAACACACCCCACAGUCCGAUCUCCUGCUGAACCCGACGCACCACCAGUUAAACCGGAGCCCAAAGAGCCAGCGGGACCCAUCGUGCAACCAGAAACCUCACCAAAGGCCUCCUCAAAACCCAGCGCCGACGGCAUGUCUCUGGCGCUAGAGCGGCUGCUUCCCGCAAAACCAGAACCAGGGCCGCGGCCGGAAAAACAAGUCCUCCAGACAUCAGGGAAACCACGACAGGAGGGAGCAGAUGAGGAGAAACCAGCCGAGGCCGUGAGUGGUGGUCAGGAGAGCUUCGCCAACAACAAGGAGCCAGUGUGCGAGGCAGAAAAGCAGCUGCGGGCGACGCUAGAGGAGACCACGGCCGAGACUGGAGCGCAAGGACUGAAGGAAAGUAGCAAGAGCGCUGAAGAAAAGGAUGAGAAGCACGAGGAGAGUGGUGUCACAGGGGGCCAUGAGACAGUGACCUCCAUCCUGCAGCGAACUGGACCCACUGAUGCAGGACAUUCACACUGCCCUGCAGGCCCAAAACGCCCCUGUGCAAGUAAUGGCGAUCAGCCACCUUCUCGUGGAGUGGAUGCAACGACUCUGCAAUCCGCUGAGCCAGACGACGACAUUUCUCCACCUACAGCCUUCUCCGAUGUGACAGAAAACCAGAUUGCAUUGACUCAGAAACGUUCACACGGGCUAAGUCUGGUGGCAAGUCUGAGACUGGCAGCAAGUGAGCAGGAGAAAGAGAGAGAGCAGGAAAGGGAGAAAAGGGUGGAAGAGAUGAUGGAAAGCACGAAGACGGGCGAGAGAGUAGAGGCAGAGAGGUUGGAAAAGGAGGGAGACGAGAUGGAGAGGGAAGAGGAGGGUGAGACAAAGAGGCUGGUAAAAGAGAAGGAAGCGCUGAUGAACAAUCAAAAGGCAGAAAAAGAAAGGAAACGGCACAUUGAGGAUGAAAAUGAGACAAAGGAGAGCGAGCCGGAAAGGGAAAAGAAGAAAAGGGGAGAGGAGGACGGUGAGAGGCAAAGGGGACAGGAAAGCAAAGGAGAGAAACCACAAGAGAAACAGAUCUGUUCAGGCUCAGGCUCCCUGCAGGAAGUCACGAACAACCAAUCAAAAAGCUGGCCUCCUCUGAAGGAAGUGGAGUUGGAUGAUAUCGCGUAUGAUGAGAGGAUUCAGGUGGAUGAAAAUCAGCCGGAAAACAAGGCUGAUCCCAAAUCAGUUAGAACAGAUACAGUCCAGACACCUGCUGCUUCUGUCCCUGCACCCAGACCAACAAGCAACUCCCAGUCAGUCAAACCCCAGGAUUCUGCUGUUAAGAAAGCGUUGAAUAAGACUGCAUCAGUUGGAGCAGUUAAGAAAUCCAACUUGAUAUCUGGCGCCAUCCCAGCGUGGUUGAGAGAGGAGGAGGACGAGGAGGUGGAGUAUGAGAGAGGACAGGAAGAUCUGGGCUCCGUCUGGCUGGCAGAGCUCUACAUGGAAGGUGAAGCAGGCCCAGGUCACUCAUCCCCUGCUGUUACCCAGAUGUCCCCUCUACUCUCUUCCAGUGGACAACCCUUUUACCAGAGCUUGGCUCCCAGUCACCCAAAUAAACCUGAACAAUCUCAAACUAGUCUGCCAGACCGUACUCAUCUCAAACCUUCAGUGUCCAAUCAAGAGGAAGUUACACAACCAAUGAAAUUACACAGGGAUGAUGAUGUCACAAACACCGGCGACAUCCCGGAGGUAGCGGCCAAUGAGGAGGGAGAACUUGUUCAAUCGUCUGUGGUGUUGUGGCCACUUCCUCUGAGCACACACGCCGCCGGCGUGCACUCGCACACAAAGACGCAGACAGGAAGAAACGUCAGUGAAAUCAACGAUGACACCAAAACGGCCGAAAUAGCCCCACAGCUACACAAGAAUCUGGAAAUCUGGGAUGAUAAAGAAGACCAGGAUAUACCGACCACGAAGAGGGAGAGUCCACAAAUGAACCGCCUGCACACACUAACACACACCUCCCAUCUCAACCAACACACCAAAGACCAAAUGCUCCAAAAGGAGGAAAGGCAGUUGUUGGCUAAAAUCGAUCUGAUGACAGGUGACUCAUCCCCGGUACCCGGCCCCCGCAGUAUGAAGCUCCUCAUCCUCGACCCCCGCGAUAUUGACUGUGACACCACAGAGCUCGUCGAUCACGGUCAAUACUGCUCUGAAAUAUCACUAACUGAAGCUGAGGAGCCACCGGCCAAUGAGUUGGAGCAGAAUAAGGAGGGAGAGGAGGAUGUGCCAAAAGGCCAGUGUGCCGACCUCCCUGACGGUGGAGAAAAGAAGGCGCCCUCACAGCUUGGAGACGCCUCCAGCAGACGCCCCAGUGAUGAUCUCACAGGCGCAGCCAUCACUCCUCCCCAUCACUGUGAGCUGACGGCAUCUCGGCUUCCCACCUUACCAGAGGAAGAGACCUGUGACCUUGUGUCUCCUCACCCAGCGGCAAUGAUACGAGAGGAGGCCGACGGGAAGGACGAUGCAGCUGAGGGCCUGGUAAACUCCAGCCAGUCGUUGCUCCAGUGGUGCCAGAACAUCACCAACGGGUACCGGGGGGUAAAGGUCACCAACUUCAGCACUUCCUGGAGAAAUGGUUUGGCCUUCUGUUCCAUCCUACAUCAUUUCCAUCCAGACAAAGUAGAUUUUGACCAGUUGCACUCUAACGACAUCAAGCUGAACAACAAGAAGGCGUUUGACGGUUUCGAGGCGCUGGGCAUCUCUCGCCUCCUGGAGCCGUCCGACAUGGUUCUCCUGUCUGUCCCCGACAGGCUCAUCGUCAUGACCUACCUCAGCCAGAUCCGCUCGCACUUCACCCACCAGGAGUUGAGCGUGCUGCAGAUCGAGCACAACAGCAGCCAGUCCAGCUACGGCCCGGCCCUCUCCGGUCCCGGCCCCACCAGCGUCGAUGCCGCCGCCUUCUGCAUGGCCAGACUGAACGAAGGCGUGAGCUUGGAGGAAGGACGCAGCAGCGCGUUGGUCGUCCCGCCACCGAGGUCCAAGCGGCUGGUUAAAGCGGAGGAGUCAAUAACCCCGGUGGCACCUCCAAGGUCGGUUACCAAAGCAGCCAAAUCUGGACUGACUCAGGAUGAUGACACAAAGACAGGAAUACAUAAUAAAGAGUUUCAGAGUACGACUGAGACCCAACCUCCCAAACAAGAAGCGGAAACAAUGUGUCUGCAGGACACCAGUCAGUACGUGCUGAGUGAGCUCGCCGCGCUGGAGUCGGAGCAGAAGCACGUCGACAGCAGAGCCGCUGUGGUGGAGAGACGACUGCGAAGCCUCAUGGAAACAGGAAGCGACCGUGAUGAAGAAGAAAGGCUGAUCCAGGAGUGGUUCACUCUGGUGAACAAGAAGAAUGCUUUGAUACGCAGACAAGACAACUUGGAGCUACUACAAGAGGAGCAAGAUCUGGAGAGGAGGUUUGAGCUCCUGAACAGGGAACUUCGGGUAAUGAUGGCUAUUGAAGACUGGCAGAAGUCGUCGACUCAGCAGCAGAGGGAGCAACUGCUCCUCCAAGAGCUGGUGUCUCUGGUCAACCAGCGGGACGAGAUCAUCAGAGACAUCGACGCCAAGGAGAGGGGGGCGAUGGAGGAGGACGAGCGUCUCGAGCGCGGUCUGGAGAUGAGGAGGCAGAAAUAUAACAACAAAGACAAAUGUGUCUUACAGUGAGAUGGGAGGUCACACACACACACAGCUUUGAUUAUAGAGAAUUGAUCUUUCAGGACUCCAUAUGUCGUUGCUUUUUGAAUGCCUUUAUUUACACAAAUAACUGUUAAAACCCGUUCUGAGGAAAGACAAGAUACCACAAACUGUGUCUUCUAUAAAAGUAUUAUCUUGAAAAUGAAUGUUUUCCAUCCAUAUUAAGUACUAUUUUUGAUUCAGUUCACAUAUUCAUAUUUAUUUAAAUGGUGUGUAAGGUUGUUGUUCAUCUAUUGUACAUGUGUUUUGUGUGUAUUUAUGUGUGAGUUUGUUCGGUAUUUGAACACUGGCUUUUCCUCUUCUAUUUAUCCCUUCUUGACACAACCACAGUUCCUCAGCAUCUGCUGGAUUAUUAACCAAAACGUGCCUUGUUCUUUUGUAAUAUGCCAAACAUUUUAGAUAUAAAAAUAAGAGCUGACAGGUCAUGAGCCGGACUCAGACUCACAAUAUUAAGAGUACAGGAUGCAUGUUUUAAAUUCAAGGAUGAUCUUCAACGUGACAUUUUUAUAAACCCCAAAAGCAUUUCCAGUUGUUGCAAUAUUAAUUGUUUUUCUUUUUUAUAUGUUGGAAGUGUUCUUCACAUUAAGGAGUUAUUAGACCCUGCACACGCACUCUUGUGCCUAACUUAAUGUGUAUGAUUGUGAUGUUCAGACCCGCUUGAAUCUCAGAAAUGAACCCGUUUUACCUCACUUCUGUGUCCUUGUGCUACUGUAUGCAUGCUGUUUGAGGUGUUUUGAUGAAGUGAUUCUCUGCUUCACAUUACUACUGUAUACAUACCACACACUGUAUACCUGAUGCUGUCUAUAUUUAUGAGUGUAAGAUAUGUUGAAUGAUAAAGAGGUUGAAAAAACUGAAAGAUUGGUUGCAUGCAUGCGUCAGGAUUUUGUUCUAUUGGUUAUUGGCUAUUUCUUUACAAUAUAAAUGUAUAUUAUUUUCAA